AUGGCUGAGAUCAAGCUUUGUCUAGAUGCCCUAGAGGCCGUAAAGGGGCAGGUGGUUGUCAUGACAGGUGGCUCACAAGGAAUUGGAGCAGCAACUGUUUCGAUGCUAUACAAAAGAGGCGCCCAUGUCUAUUUUGGCGACAGCAAUGAAAUCAGAGGUCGCGAGCUCGUGGAUUCCCUUCGAUCGAACACGCCCAAUACCGGAGGAUCUGUUCAUUUCCAAAAACUCGACGUCCGCGACUACAGGUCACAGCUGCAACUUUUUCAGACGCCUUACAAAGAGAAAGGCCGGGUCGAUGUCGCCGUCUCCUGCGCUGCGGUUACCGAGCCAAGCGGUUGGUUUGGGACAGACGACCUCAACCUGGAGACCGUAAUGAUGGAGCCACAGCCGCUCAAAGAUGCUAUUGAGAUCAACUUGACUAGCGUGGUCUUGUUUUGUCGCAUAGCUCUUGCCUACAUGGGUGUAAAAGAUGAUUCGAAAGUGCCCGAUAACAUCACCUUCCCGACCUCCAAAUCCAUCGUUCUGGUGUCGUCUAUCGCAGGGGUUGUUGAACAGACUGGUCUCUUUUCGUACAGCUCUGCAAAGCAUGGCAUAAUCGGACUCAUGAGGUCCUUGAGAGCGUGGGCUCCCGCCAAGUAUAACGUGCGCAUCAACGCCAUCUGUCCUUGGGCCACGGAUACACAAAUGAUGAAGACUGUGCGUUCCGCCUGGUUGGAGCACGGCCUGCCCAUCAAUACGCCGGACGAGGUGUCGCAGUUCAUCCUGCAGCUGGCAACUGAUAAAACGUUGAACGGCAGGUGUGUUGUGGUUGGUGGCGGACGAGGGUUUGAUACUGAGGGCAUCGGCAAUACAAUGUCUGAGUGGUUUGGACCCGAGCUUACUCGAGAAUUUUUGCGGGCACAAAAGGUUCUAGGAAUGGGUGACGACUGGUCCAGCACACAAAAAGGGGGAAAACGUAGAGACAUGCUUCAUCUGCCAACCGGUUGA